CACACAAAACAGGGACGGGCCGGUUGACGUCAUCGUUUCAGUAAAUCAAGGCAGUCGAGCAUAAUCUCAAUUUAACUACCGGCUCCCAGCAUCCAUCCUUCAUAGAAAACAAAAUACCGUCAUAUUUAACGCGGAGAAAGCAGCGCUGUGUGUGUGACGAUGAUUGUAUAUAGGGUUAGGAAGUGUUUAUUCGUCUGUUUACUCUGAUCGGCGUCGCCUGACGUUGGUAGACGUCAAUACAGUUUUCUCAUCUGCCUUGUUUUUCUGGAGUGAUUUCGAUUGGAUUAUCAAGGACUCAGUUCAGCAUUGCAUUGUGACACCGCACAGGGUUGAAGUGUCCAACCAUGUCGGGGGCAUCGGUGAAAGUGGCGGUCAGGGUGCGUCCCUUUAACUCGCGGGAGACCAGCAAAGAAUCCAAAUGCAUUAUUCAGAUGCAAGGCAACUCUACCACUAUAUUGAAUCCCAAAAACCCAAAAGAAGCACCAAAGUCCUUCAGCUUUGACUACUCGUACUGGUCUCACACCACGCCGGACGACCCCUGCUUCGCAUCCCAGAGCCAGGUGUACAAUGACAUCGGGGAGGAGAUGCUGCAACACGCCUUCGAAGGCUAUAACGUCUGCAUCUUUGCUUACGGCCAGACCGGUGCUGGCAAAUCUUACACGAUGAUGGGAAAGCAGGAGGAUGGACAGGAAGGCAUCAUCCCUCAGCUCUGCAAAGAACUCUUUGAGAAAAUCAAUGACAACAACAAUGAGGAUAUCUCUUAUUCAGUGGAGGUGGCAUACAUGGAAAUUUACUGUGAGCGAGUGAGAGACCUGCUGAAUCCCAAGAACAAGGGGAACCUACGUGUAAGGGAACAUCCUCUGCUCGGACCGUAUGUCGAAGACCUGUCCAAAUUGGCUGUGACCUGUUAUACGGACAUCGCCGACCUCAUGGACGCCGGUAACAAGGCCAGGACUGUUGCUGCCACCAACAUGAACGAGACCAGCAGCCGCUCGCAUGCCGUAUUCACCAUCGUCUUCACGCAAAGGAAGCAUGACAACGAGACGGAUCUGUCCACAGAAAAGGUCAGCAAAAUCAGCCUGGUGGAUCUGGCAGGCAGUGAGCGUGCUGACUCAACUGGGGCCAAAGGCACACGUCUGAAGGAAGGUGCAAACAUCAACAAAUCUCUGACUACCCUAGGAAAGGUCAUCUCUGCUCUAGCUGAGGUGGAUAACUGUACCAGCAAGAGCAAGAAGAAAAAGAAGUCAGACUUCAUUCCUUACCGAGACUCUGUUCUCACGUGGCUCCUGAGAGAAAAUUUGGGUGGGAACUCGAGGACGGCUAUGGUGGCUGCGCUGAGCCCUGCUGACAUUAACUAUGAUGAAACACUGAGCACCUUGAGAUACGCCGACCGAGCCAAGCAGAUCAAGUGCAAUGCCGUGAUCAACGAAGACCCCAACGCCAAGCUGGUGCGUGAGCUGAAGGAUGAAGUCACUCGCUUGAGGGACCUGCUCAGGGCCCAAGGUCUCGGGGACAUCCUGGACAGGACUUUAGGCAUCGACGGCUGCGGGGACGGCUACGGUGACAGUGUUCACUCAGUGCCCUACAGGAGAAAAGACCUGAAAGAUAUUCACAACAGUCAGCAUAGAUACUUGCUUGCUUCAGAGAACCAACGGCCUGGCCAUCUCUCCACAGCGCCUAUGGGUUCCCUCACAGUCUCGCCGUCGUCCGGCUCUUUGUGCAGCCCAACAGGCCUGCAGUCCGUCUGCAGCAUCCAGGAGCGCAUCAUGUCCACCCCCGGAGGAGAGGAGGCCAUCGAGAGGCUUAAGGAGUCCGAGAAGAUCAUAGCGGAGCUGAAUGAGACGUGGGAGGAGAAGCUGAGGAAGACUGAGGCUAUCCGAAUGGAGAGAGAGGCUUUGUUGGCAGAGAUGGGUGUUGCGAUCCGGGAGGACGGGGGAACAUUGGGGGUCUUCUCUCCUAAAAAGCUUUAUGCGGAAAAGCCUUGUGAUCUCUAUGCUGACUUUAAUGGGGUGUUUUCCCCAAAAAAGACCCCUCACCUGGUUAACCUGAACGAGGAUCCUCUCAUGUCAGAAUGCCUGCUGUACUACAUCAAAGACGGAGUUACGAGGGUGGGCCAGGCCGAUGCCGAGAGAAGGCAGGAUAUCGUUCUUAGCGGAGCGCACAUCAGAGAGGAACAUUGCAUCUUUCGCAGCGAGCGGAAUGCCAACGGACAUGUGAUUGUAUUGCUGGUACCGUGUGAAGGCUCCGAGACGUAUGUGAACGGCAAGCGUGUGAUUGACGCUGUGCAACUGCGCUCAGGUAAUCGUAUCAUCAUGGGGAAGAACCACGUGUUCCGCUUUAACCACCCUGAGCAGGCACGAGCCGAAAGGGAGAAGACACCGACAGCCGAGACGCCUGUGGAGCCUGUGGACUGGACUUUUGCCCAGAGAGAACUUCUGGAGAAGCAGGGCAUCGAUAUGAAGCAGGAGAUGGAGAAGAGGCUGACCGAGAUGGAGAUCCUUUAUAAAAAGGAGAAAGAAGAGGCUGAUCAGCUUCUUGAGCAACAGAGACUGGUCUACGAGAGCAAGCUGCAAGAACUACAAAAACAGGUGGAGCAAAUAGCAGAAACUCCCGAUGAGGAGGAGGAGGAAGAGGAAGAAGAGGAAGUACCGUGGACACAGCACGAGUUUGAACUCGCUCAGUGGGCCUUUAGAAAGUGGAGAUACCACCAGUUCACCUCACUAAGAGACCAGCUGUGGGGCAAUGCUGUAUACCUGAAGGAAGCGAAUGCCAUCAGUGUAGAACUCAAAAAGAAGGUCCAAUUCCAGUUUGUGCUUCUGACAGACACGCUGUACUCCCCACUUCCACCUGAGCUUUUGCCUCCUGAGCCAGAGAAGGAGCGUGACUCCAGGCCUUUCCCUCGUACCGUGGUGGCUGUGGAGGUCCAGGACUUGAAGAAUGGAGCCACUCACUAUUGGUCUCUGGAGAAGCUCAAGCAAAGGCUGGAGCAGAUGCGAGAGAUGUACGACCGUGCAGGAGAAAUGACCUCCUCCAAUCAGGAGGACGGGGAGGGUCCUCUGACCGGCAGUGACCCAUUCUACGAUCGUUUCCACUGGUUCAAGCUAGUAGGAAGCUCACCGAUCUUCCACGGCUGCGUGAACGAGCACCUGGCUGACCGCACGCCCUCGCCCACCUUCUCCACGGCCGACUCGGACAUCACCGAGCUGGCUGAUGAGAGGCAGAGCGAGAUGGAUGAUUUCAUGGAUGACGAAGCCUUCGUGGACGACACCAGCUCUGACGCGGGCACCGAGGAAGGCUCGGAUAUCUUCAGUGACGGCCAAGAUCCCUUCUAUGACCGCUCACCCUGGUUCACACUCGUGGGAAGAGCAUUUGUGUACCUGAGUAACCUGCUGUACUCCGUGCCCCUGGUGCACCGCGUGGCUGUAGUGACGGAGAAAGGCGAGGUGCGAGGGUUCCUGCGUGUGGGUGUGCAGGCCAUCGCAGCUGAUGAGGAGGCUCCUGAUUACGGUUCUGGUGUCCGUCAGUCUGGCACAGCUAAAAUCUCUUUUGAUGAUGAGUAUUUCAAAAAGACUGAGUUCUCUUCCAUGGUUCUGACCCAUUCUGGUCUUUCUAUGGAGGAGUUGCGUAUUGUGGAAGGACAAGGACAAAGUUCAGAAGUUAUCACCCCCUCUGAAGAGAUGAACAGGAUCAAUGACAUGGAUCUGAAGCUGGGGAACAUAGAUGGUAAGCUUGGCCAGUCAGAUGGUGUGAUUGGUCAGCUGGAUGUGGGCAGCAUCUUUACUUUCCGCGUCACUGUUCUGCAGGCCACUGGCAUCCCCCCAGAGUACGCCGACAUCUUCUGCCAGUUCAACUUCCUCCAUCGUCAUGAUGAAGCUUUCAGUACUGAACCACUGAAGAACACAGGAAAAGGCUCCCCACUGGGCUUUUACCACGUCCAGAAUAUUUCUGUGGAGGUCACAGAAUCCUUUAUCGAGUACAUCAAGAGCAAGCCCAUCGUGUUCGAAGUGUUUGGACAUUACCAGCAGCACCCUCUGCACCGUCAUGGGCAGGAUGUAAUCAGCCCUCCACAGCCUUCUAGGAAGUACUACCCUCCACCCAUGCCUCUCUCUAAACCUGUUCCAGCCACCAAGCUGAACACCAUCAGCAAGUCCAACCUGGGCCAGUGUGUGAGCAAGUAUGAUCUGCUAGCCUGGUUUGAGAUCAGUGAACUGGAACCAACCGGAGAAUAUAUCCCGGCUGUUGUGGACCACACUGGAGGUCUGCCCUGUAAUGGCACUUACUUACUACACCAGGGUAUCCAGCGCAGGAUCACAGUGACUCUCAUCCAUGAGAAGGGCAGUGAGCUCCACUGGAAGGAUGUCCGGGAGCUGGUUGUCGGUUGGAUCAGGAACAAGCCGGAGGUGGAUGACACUGCAGCAGAUGCUGUUCUUUCUCUUAACAUUAUCUCAGCCAAAAACAUGAAGUCCUCCCAUAACUCCAACAGGACGUUUUACCGUUUUGAGGCUGUAUGGGAUAGCUCGCUGCACAACUCUCUCCUGCUCAACCGUGUCACUCCCUGCGGAGAAAAGAUCUAUAUGACACUGUCUGCAUACCUGGAGCUUGACCACUGCAUCCAGCCUGCUAUCAUCACCAAAGAUAUCUGCAUGGUGUUCUACUCCAGAGAUGCUAAGAUCUCACCUCCACGCUCGCUGAGGAGCCUGUUUGGCAGCGGCUAUUCUAAGACUCCUGACUGUAACAGAGUGACCGGGAUCUAUGAGCUCAGCCUGUGCAAGAUGGCUGACACAGGAAGCCCAGGCAUGCAGAGGCGAAGACGGAAAGUUCUGGACACUUCAGUGGCGUAUGUGCGUGGAGAGGAGAACCUGGCUGGGUGGCGGCCCAGAGGAGACAGUCUGAUCCUCGAGCACCAGUGGGAACUUGAGAAACUCGAACAGUUGCAUGAGGUGGAAAAGACACGUCAUCUCCUGCUCCUGCGGGAGAAACUGGUAGAGUCGGUUCCUCAGAAGUCUCUUGGCGAUUGUCUCUCUCCAAGCUUGAGCAGCGGUACCCUGAGCACCUCGACCAGCAUCUCCUCACAGAUCUCCUCCACCACCGUCGAGAGCGCCAUCACGCCCAGCGAGAGCAGUGGAUACGAUUCGACUGACAUUGAGAGCCUAGUAGACCGUGAAAAGGAGUUGGCCACCAAGUGCCUCCGCCUUUUGACUCACACAUUUAACAGCGAAUAUAAUCAGAUGUGCAACAGUAUCAGCGCCUGCCAGCUGUCUGAUAUCUCGCCCAUGGGCCGAGAUCCGUCAGUCACUAGUCUCAGCAGUGCCACCCUUACACCGUCCUCUACUUGCCCCUCCCUGGCAGAGUCUCGCUGUUCAGACCAGAAGACUCCUGAGCCCAACUCCCGUGCAACCAGCCCGUCAUACUCUGACUAUGAGAACUUCCCCAUGGUGCCCAGCGUGGAGACGUCAUACCUGGCUCGCGCUGGCAAACACGAGUUCCUCAACCUGGUGCCCGAUAUUGAGGAGAUGAGGCCUGGCUCUGUGGUGUCUAAGAAGGGAUACCUGAGCUUCAUGGAGCCGCGCUCGAACUCCUGGGUGAAGCACUUUGUGGUAGUACGCCGCCCAUACGUCUUCAUCUACAACAGUGACAAGGACCCGGUGGAGCGAGGUGUCCUGAACCUGUCCACUGCGCAGGUGGAGUACAGCGAGGAUCAGCAGGCCAUGCUCAAGACUCCCAACACGUUUGCCGUGUGCACUAAGCACAGAGGGAUUCUGCUCCAGGCCAACCAUGAUAAAGACAUGAACGACUGGCUGUAUGCUUUUAACCCGCUGCUAGCAGGAACAAUAAGGUCCAAACUGGCGAGAAGACGCUCUGCUUUGCUGAAGGACUAAACAAGCUUCUCUGUUUGAAGAGAUCGUGCUCUGUUUCUUCUCCCUAGCCUUCGAGUGUUAAAACUUUGUGAUUCUUGAUGGUUUUCUCUUGUAUGUAGACCUGUGGCUUAAAUCUCCACUCCAGCAAGUGAACUCUUGAGUUUCCGAACACCCCCCACCCCCCACUAUUUUGUUUGUUUGGACCCUUUUCGUCUAUUAAGUUUACGUUCUCUGCCAUAGCAGAACCUUCUUCUAGUAGCAUGUCGUAAUAGUCUGUUUGUGUGUGCACGAUUCUUCCGAGCAGUUUCUCUUCUCUAUUUGAGUUAUUAUUCGUCUGUAACAAUUGUCUUUACCAGUGUUAUCUGUUGAGUCAGGUCAGUUUUCUCCCGCAUGGCCACAGCAGCAGUCCUCAGGAUAUGAGCAGUUUGCUUACAAAGCCUCACAGAGUACGACUGAACAUAGCUGAAAUACACUAUAUCACUUAUCUGAAAAAGAAAUACUUCUUUCAUAGAAAAUAAUAGAUCGGUAGUCUUUACACUAGUGAGUAGAUGUCCCAACACUGGAAGAAAUGGAGACGUAUAAGAAGCCAAGGCAUGAAUUUUAAGUGUAUGACUGAAUCUGGGACCAAUCAGCAUUUAUUAAGAGUAUUACUAUGGAUCUGGAUGAAGACUGCAGUCAGGUUUCUGUGGUCCAUCAGGCAGUGCUGCAGCACAUUUGCUUAGCAUUAUUUUAAUCGUGUGUUAUAAAAGGAUAACACGCACCCAUUUAUAAAGGAGCAUUACUACGUAGCACUGGAGAAUGGAUGGACAGAUUAAAGAGAACACUAUUUCCUUGACGUUUAUGCAGUUCAUCUGCUCAGAAUUUACUUCCGAAAAUCAACUAUUUAAAUAAGUCACGGAACAGAACAGACUGAUACGACGAGACAAAUGAGAUGAAUGUCAGUUGUAAAUACUUUUAAGGAUUCCUGCGCUUUCACAAUAGUCAUUUUGAAACAAGAGACAUUCCUUUCACGCUGUCGUCCACACGAUCUUUUAUUUAUAACGAGAUCGCAGCAGUUAUUUUAGCCAGGUGGAUUUGAUGUCCGCAGGAGUGUGGUACUGAUAUUGGAGCUUAGUUAAAUAAUGAUACAAUGGUGGUAAAGCAGACUCUUUGCUCUCCAUCAGAAAAUAGCUCCUGACCAUGUUGACCUUGAACCUAUGAAUUUAACCUUGAUAACUAAUUACUGUACUUGUUAGCUUAACUUAUUUUUCUCUAAUGCUGCUUGUUUUCUAUAUCAUUAACCUAAAUUUGAAUUGACUAAAGCGGGUUGUUGUAAGAAGGGCUUUUUUUUUCUUCUUCUUCUUUCUGUUUUUCCCCCCUUCCCCAGUUUUCCAGCUGAUUGUUUUUUGCACAUAGACACAAACAUGAGCGGAUCACUGAAGUAGAUUUCAGUCCCACUGUUUGAAAGAUUAAAUAUUUUGCAGUGUACCGCAUAGAAAAUGGAUAGAAUGCUUUUAAAUUUAUCAUGAGAAGAUUUGCUUGAUGCAGUUAGUGUUAGAGAGACAUAACUGAUUAGGCUUUCAUGCUUUGCUUUGCAUUAAUGGAUGGUUUUGGCAAGGAGAUGUACGUUACUUAGCGCACAGAUAGCCUCUGGCCAGCCAACCAGCUGGUUAUUGUGCUUCAUGUAAUCUCUAAAGCUAAUGCAGACAUUUAGCUAAUGUUCUGUCUAAUUCUGCCUUUCCAAUAAUGCAAAGUCUAUUGAUGACUCUAGCCAUAAGGUCAUGUGAAAGCAAAAUAUCCAAGAUCAUGAUCCUGAGUUCUGAGGUCAGCCAACCUGAGAAACAGAAAUGUGAUGAGAAAAGACAUCUGCUUAAAAUGUUAUUAGACCUAUGUGUAUUUCAAUUAAAAUUUUAAGGGGAAAUGGUUUUGUCAUGCCAUCAUUUCAUCAGAAUUUCAGUGUUGAAGGAAAACGUGGUGUAAUCAGUUGCAAGAGCAUAUGAGCAAUUUGCACAAAUCUUGACAGAGCAAAGAGGUUUACUUUUGAGAGACUGUAUAGACCUAGACAGGCAUCAUCUGUUUUCUGUUUUUGCAGUGUAUAUAUUAAUUUGCAGUUCUUUGCACAUUUAAGAGGUGAUAAAUAACAGAUCAAAUUAAGCCUGAAGUGGAUUUCUGGUGUUUACUCGAAUGAAUAAAAUAGGAUAAGAUCGGAUCGAAUUAUGUGGUGUGUUACAGUUGGGAGUGGAUUUUGAAUGUACCUCUGGGGUGGCACUGACAAAUAUUUACUAACUGCAUUGGUGUAAGGACGAAAGGGAAAACAUUAUUUUUUUUUGGAAACUGCCAGCUUGAUUCACUGUAGUGCUUCUUGUUGCUUUCAUUUGGUUGUGGCCACUCCUACAAACCCAAUUUGAGUUCAGUUGUGUACUUCAGAGUUAUGAUGAUGCGGGGAGGGAUACUGCUUAGAUUUAUUUUCUAAAUAUCAGGGACUAUAUUUUUAGAGGUAUUCCAGAAUUAAUCACUACUCAUGCAUAUACUAUUUAAUGUUUGUUUUUCGUAUUGCAUUUUCCCAUGCUGCCUUCAGAACCACUCUGGUAUACACUCCCUCUCAGAGGCCUCCUUUUAUUAACCUCCCACUCGUUUUUGUUGAAAGACAACAAGCUAAACUAAGGCGUUAACACUGUACAUUAUUUGUCAGAUUGGCUUCAUUUUCAUACUUAUUUUGUAAAUAUUACAUGUUGUAUGGAGCUUGAAUUAAAAUGUAAAUAUGUCUCCUGUAUUUGUAAUACUUAUAAUCCAUUCGCUGUAUAGCCUAGAUGUGUAAUGCAGAUAUCUUAAUUCUGUGUAUGGUAAUCUUGCACCAUUGAUCUGUUUAGUGAAUGAGGUAACAAUAAAGUCCAUCCAGCGCAUUA